UGGGGCACCGUCAUCGCGGGCCGCAUUCGUGAAUUCAGCGAAUUUUUGAUGCAUUACAACUACAAUAUUAAUUCUGAAAGGAACUCCUGUCAAUACAGAUAGAACGGCCAAGACGAGAGUUUCCUCUUGCAUUCAAUUGACCAUUCAUCCUCCUUUAAACCCAAAGCAGAGCUUCGGAGAAAGGAUAGGACAGAAUAUUUUCCAUCCUGCCCCUCCAAAUUUACCCCUCUAUCUGCAUUGAACGACCAUGUCUUCCAGAUCGCAAUUGAGGUACUCUGAACGAGCGCAAAAGCAUCCUAACGUGCUCGCGAAGAAGCUGUUCGAAAUAGCGGAGGCAAAGAAGACUAAUGUCACUGUAUCUGCCGAUGUCACGACUACGAAGGAACUGCUGGAUCUAGCUGACCGUCUCGGCCCCUAUAUCGCCGUGAUCAAAACCCACAUUGACAUCCUGUCCGACUUCAGCGAAGAGACCAUCUCCGGCCUGACGGCGCUCGCGAAGAAGCACAACUUCCUCAUCUUUGAGGACCGCAAGUUCAUCGAUAUCGGUAACACCGUCCAGAAGCAGUACCAUGGUGGAGCUCUCCGGAUAUCUGAGUGGUCCCACAUUAUCAAUUGCGCCAUCCUCCCCGGUGAGGGUAUCGUCGAGGCUCUCGCCCAAACUGCUUCGUCGCCAGAUUUCCCAUACGGAAAGGAGAGGGGACUGCUUAUUCUAGCAGAGAUGACCUCCAAGGGAUCCCUUGCCACGGGAGAGUACACGAAGGUCUCAGUCGACUAUGCCAGGAAGUACAAGGACUUCGUCAUGGGCUUUGUUUCGACGAGGGCAUUGUCGGAGAUCAAAUCGGACGUGACCACGGCUUCGGAUGAUGAGGACUUUGUGGUUUUCACCACCGGUGUCAAUCUGUCGUCGAAGGGUGAUAAACUUGGACAGCAGUACCAGACACCUCAGUCAGCGAUCGGCCGCGGUGCGGACUUUAUUAUUGCUGGUCGUGGGAUCUACGCUGCGCCGGAUCCUGUUGAGGCUGUUCAGCGCUACCAGCAGGAGGGUUGGGAGGCAUAUGAGGCUAGGGUUGGCAAGCAGUGAGAAUAUUCUAUGAUCUGUCUUUUUAUAUUUGUAGCAGAGUCGUGGCUAUAUAACCCUUUUGUGACCCAGAUACAGUAUGCAUGCCACGUGAUGAUUUCAACAAGGUAUUUCCCAAAUACGAAAUAAACCUUCUACCUACUUCAAAUUCCAAUAUGCCGAAUAGCGAAAAGAAAAAGACAUCACUUCCUCCGACCUCUCCUGUAACAUUCAAGGGAAGCUGAGCUCACGUAUGCAAAGUGACGGGCAGGGAUUUGCUGUCCUUGAGUUCUCCGAGAUACCGGGAAAGUUGGGGAAGGGUGAUGCGAAUAUAGUCUUGUUGGCUAAGUUGAAGGUGGACUCGUGGAGAGUGUCGGGUUAAAUUGAGCCCGUACUGUCAGUCUAUAUUAUAGAGAUAAAUGCCGAAGACUAAAUUCAAUCUAGUGAAAUUAGAGACCC